GUAUAAGUGUCUGGCAAGGGUGACGUGGAGCUGUUCCUAAGGGCACAGCUGCAGCAGUGGCCCGAGUGGAGGCAGGGCCCUGGGCAGUACUGCCUCCCAGAUCCUCCCUUCAAGCUUCCCAGGAGUAAGGGACAUGCAGCCCAAGGGUCUUUGCUUGGCCUGACCCCAUCAAGGGGACUCUCUGUCCCCAGUAACAGCAGAGAUGGCAGGUUUAUCAAGCUUCUCUCUACCCAGCUGUGUCCUCACCCUUCUCUUCCUUCAGCUGUCUUCCAGUUAUGCAGGACAGUUCAGAGUGAUAGGCCCAGGGCACCCCAUCCGGGCUCUAGUCGGGGAUGAAGUGGAGCUGCCAUGUCGCUUAUCUCCUGGGAAGAAUGCUACAGGCAUGGAAGUGGGGUGGUACCGCCCCCCCUUCUCUAGGGUGGUCCAUCUCUACAGAAAUGGCAAGGACCAAGAUGCUGAGCAGGCACCUGAAUAUCGGGGCCGGACAGAGCUGCUGAAAGAGACUAUUGGUGAAGGAAAGGUGACUCUCAGGAUCCGGAAUGUAAGGUUCUCAGAUGAAGGAGGUUUCACCUGUUUCUUCCGAGAUCACUCUUACCAAGAAGAGGCAGCAAUGGAAUUGAAAGUGGAAGAUCCCUUCUACUGGAUCAACCCUGGAGUGCUGGUCCUCAUUGCUGUGCUGCCUGUGCUCCUUCUGCAGAUCACCGUGGGCCUCGUCUUCCUCUGCCUGCAACACAGAUUGAGAGGAAAACUCCGAGCAGAAAUAGAGAAUCUUCACCGGACCUUCGAUCGCCACUUUCUGAGGGUGCCCUGCUGGAAGAUAACCCUGUUUGUAAUUGUACCAGUUCUUGGACCCCUGGUUGCCUUGAUCAUCUGCUACAACUGGUUACAUCGAAGACUGGCAGGGCAGUUUCUUGAGGAACUAAGAAAUCCCUUCUGAGUGCCGUGGCAUUUUGACGAGGUUGGAGGCGAGCCUGGUGGGUCCAGAGACUGAUCCUUGGGGAUGUCUCAUCCAUCAAGUUGCACACUCACUGGCCACUUCUAGAAACAUUCUGAAUUCAAAAUAGAACUGAUUUCCCUUCUGUCAUCUA